AUGGUUGUCAAAGCAGUUUCGAAAAAGUUAAAAGAGGCCUUUCAGCUGGUUGCUACCAAACAACUUGUCGGAAUUGAUGAGACUGUGGCAGAUAUUCUAAGAUCGCUGGAUGGUAACCCCAGUGCUACCCAAAUUGUUGGUAUUCAUGGAAUGGGGGGUAUUGGUAAGACAACUUUAGCCAAGGUCGUCUACAAUAAGCUCUGCGACCAAUUUCAGCAUCAUAGUUUCAUUGCGGACAUUCGAGAAUUCUCGCGACACAAUGGCAUUUUAUGUUUGCAGAAGCAAUUAAUAUGGGAUAUACAGGGAACAAAGGAUGAAGUGCCAAACUACGAUGUAGCAAUUAGGAUCCUAGAAUCUAGAUUUACACUUAAGAAAGUCCUAAUUCUUUUAGAUGAUGUGAAUAACCAUUAUCAACUAAAAGCAUUAAUUGGGAAACAUGACUGGUUUGAGAGGGGAAGUAGGAUAAUCAUUACCACUAGAAACAUGUCUAUUCUUGAUGAUGCUGAGGUGAACUACAAGUACGACCUCAAUGUAAUGGUUAAGUCUUUGAAAUUUUGUAGUGUACAUGAUUUGAACUUGUGUAGUGGACAUGAUUUUCGGAGGAACUCUCCUACACGUGAAUUCAAGUCUCUUUCUCAUGAUGUCAUAUCUAUUAUUGGAGGGCUUCCCUUAGCUCUCGAGGUUGUAGGUUCGAUGAAAAGGUUGAGGAAAGUACCGCACAAGGAAGUGCAAGAGAAGUUGAGGAUAAGCUAUGAUACAUUGAAUGAUGAGGAAAAAGAGAUAUUUUUGGAUAUUGCUUGUUUCUUUAUUGGAACUGAUUUAAGAAUUGCAUCCUACAUGUGGGAAGCCUGCAAUUUUUAUCCGAGCAUGGGGAUUGAAACAUUGAGGAAAUUGAAAAAAUUCACGUUGAGGCCCUUCGUCUUGACAGAUGCAUCUCAGGUGGCAAAGGAGUUGAAAGUUCUAAAACUUAAAUUUUGCUACAAUUUAAAAGUUACUCCUGAUCUCUCAACUUUUCGGAAUUUAGAGAUAUUAAUCUUUGCAGACUGUUUUCGACUAAAGCAAAUUCACCAUUCUAUCGGAGAAGUCAGGAGCCUCAUUUCUUUGGACUUAUCGGAAUGUGGGCAUCUCCAAGUGCUCCCGAGAGAAAUGGGCAAACUGAAAGAACUUAAGGAACUGAACAUAGACAAGACUGCCAUAGAGGAAAUUCCUCCAUGUAUAGGUUCUUUGAAGAAGCUAGAGAUACUUCAUGCCCGUGGUUGCAAGUCAUUGGUUAGACUUCCCGACUCAAUUGGCCAUCUCAUAAAUUUGUCAACCCUUUGUGUCCGUGGUUGCAAGUCAUUUGUUAAUCUUCCCGACUCAAUUGGCCAUCUCAUAAAUUUGUCGACCCUUUGUGCCCAUGGUUGCACGUCAUUGGUUAAUCUUCCCAACUCAAUUGGCCAUCUCAUAAAUUUGUUGACCCUUGAGUUGAAUGUGUGCAUCAGUUUGGCUGAACUUCUAGGGAGCAUUGGAUCUCUUCUUAAAUUGCAGUGCCUGAAACUAGGUGAUGGGGAGAAAAUUUUUUAUUGGCAAGAAGGAAUUAUUUUUCGCUUAAAUGGCGUCCCCCAUACACCAAUUGGGCGUUCGACAACGUUUUGUCCACUUAGAUGGGACUGUAUGAGCAUUCGGGAAUUACCCGAAUCCAUUGGGGAUUUGCAGAACUUGAAAAUUUUGGAUAUUAGUACAAGUAAACUGAGUAAUUUACCAAGUACUAUAGGCAAGUUGGGCAACCUCGAAGAAUUGCAUGCCUCAUCUUGCACGAGUCUAGCAGGGGAAUUUCCUAUAAAUGGGUUGUCUUCACUAAAGAUCCUUGUAUUAAGUUGGACGGGUGUUUCUGGCUUCUCCGACUCAUUGGAUAAGCUUUCUCAUCUUGAAAAACUUGACUUAUGCGGCUGUGAGAAGCUUCAAUCACUGCCAGAAAUUAUGAGUAAGCUGCCUUCUCUGCAACACCUUCGGUUAAUUUGUUGCAACAAACUUCAGUCGCUGCCAGAGCUUCCUAGCUGUUUAACAGUUCUGGAAGUCACCUGUCAGCUUCGCAUAUUGCCUCAACUUUUUCACCUGAUCCAUCUAAAAGAGCUCACUGUUUACAAAUGCAAAUUGCUGGAAUCCAUACCAAAGCUUCCCUCGGCAAUAUCGAAGCUUUUUAUCUACGGCUGUGAUGAGUUGAAAGGGUUGCCAAGUUUUUCAAGUUUGAAAUUGUUGUCAGAAUUAGAUAUCCAAAACUGCUGUGAGCUGACGGAAAUCAAGGGUUUGGAAGCAUUAAAAUCCUUAGUACAUCUAAGUGUAUUUGGAAGCGAGAAGUUAUCCAAAUUUGACGGCCUUGAAUAUGCAGAGUCCUUGGGAUACUUGGAUAUGAGUUUUUCCUUAGUGAAUGAUGAUCUAAUUCGAGUUCAAGGCGUUGACAGAUUGAAAAGCUUGGAGGAGCUGGAUAUACGUUCUUGUGAGUACCUUAUAAGACCAGACCUUUCCCAAUUAACACAUCUGAAGCAAUUACAUGCUAAAUACUGCCACAAUCUAGUUGAAAUUAAAGGUCUCGAGAGAUUGGAAAACUUGGAAUGCUUGGAUAUCGAGCGGUGCACGUUCAUUGAAAUAUUACCAGACCUCUCGUGCUUCAAUAACCUGGAAUAUUUGAACAUAGUAGGAUGUUUGAAGCUUCGUGAUGUUCAGGGCCUAGAGAAAGUCGGAUAUGUGCACAAAUGA